AUGGGAUAUACAAAUUUGUACUUCUCUCGCCCACGCAAUUACGGACCAGGAUCACGUUCCUGCAGAGUUUGCUUCGGACAUCAUGGUCUUAUUCGUAAAUAUGGACUUGAUAUGUGCCGUAGAUGUUUCCGUGAGUACGCUCCCGAUAUUGGAUUCAAAAAACUUGAUUAA